AUGUCAUCGCCAUGCUUGUUGCCACUUAUUUUAUUUAUGUUAACAAAUUUCAUUUUUAUUCAUCAUGUUGAAAACAAACAAGUAACAACGGAAAAACUUGUGCAAAACCAAGCUAUCAUUAUAAUAAAUACAACUUAUUCAAAUCAAAAAGUUGCUGCUAUUGAAAAAACAAAAGAUGGUAACUUAUUUGGUGUAUCUGCUGCAAAAGGAAAUUUCAAGAUCAUGGAAUUUGUUGAUGCCCGAGCUCUCAAUAGUAGUACUACUUCAACUUCAUCAUUAUGGCAUCCAACUGAAUUUCAAUUUCAAUCGUCAUAUAAAAAGCAACUUUUUGACGAUGAUGGUGAACUUAUUCCACGAGUAACUGAUCAUAUACAAUGGAUGCAAGUAAAAUAUUUUGAUACCGUAAGCGAAAAACAAAAAACCAUUGUCCAUGGUCGUGAACCACCAAUAACACAUAGACUGAUAUCGGACAAAUUUCAACUUAAUCAAACUGAACGAAUAAAAAAGGUUUGGAUUUGUGAAGCUGUAUCAAAAAAUAAUUUAAUUUAUGGGAUUAAAUUUGAAACAAAUUUAAAUAAAAAAUUUGAAUUUUCAUCAUAUGGAUGUAAAUGGAGACGUCAAAAAUUAAAUGUAACCUAUUUACACGAUGAAGAUCAAUAUGUAAUUAAAUCUGAAGACUAUUUAAAAUAUGAUAUGUCAACAAUCAGUGGUGAUACCUCAAGAACAACUCGUGAAUUAUUUUCGUUAAAAUUUCAUUGGCAUAUUGAACAUGUUAAAUAUAUUCUAACAAAUGUUAAAUAUCAGUAUCCAUCAAAAAAUUUACAUACGGCUAAACCAACAACAGUUUUAAAAACAAUACUGACAAAUCAACAGAAAAAAACGGAAAAAAUACAACAAACAGCACAACAAACAUUGACACAUAAACAAAUAUGGUCGUUAGGAGACGAAAAAGAAUUCAAGAGUGGUGUUCCACUUACUGUUAAAGCUAGUAAUCCAGAAAUACUUGAAUUUGGCGCUGUUCAAGAUCGAAAGGAAAUAAUCAGUGAAACAAUAAAUGACGCUGAAGCAGAAAUAACACGUGAAAUGUCAAUGAAAUAUGAAGCAGAGGUACCAGCACAAUCAACUAAGGAAGUAUAUAUGGAAAUGCCAAUUGCCACAAUUGAUUUACCCUUUACAGCCGAUGUAACAAUUGUCUAUGGUGAUGGGUCAACUUCACAAUCAAAAGUCACCAACGGAAGAUUAAAAGAUGUUUUAUAUGGUCAACUGAAUGUUCAUUAUGGUGAUGCACAACAAUCAAGCUCACAUCCAUCAGAUUCAUCAACAAAAUGUUUAGGGACAAUAAUUAGGAAUAAAGGAAUAAUGGGUUAUAAUAUUGCUAAUAUGCCAAAUCGACAAAUUCAGACACCAUCAGAAUGUUGUAUUCUAUGUCAAAAUACUAAUAAAUGUUUAAGUUGGUUAUUUCUUCCAAAAUGCGAAAAAGUUGAUGAAUGCAAAGAUGCAAAAGUUCUGAAAUAUCGAAACGAUCAUUACGGAUGUUAUCUCAAAACGGAGAAGAAAACUGAACCAUAUGUAUUUCAAGAAGCAUACAGUGUUUCAAGUGGUUAUAUUUAA